UACUCAUACAUUCACACUCACACAGCAUGCUCUCACACAUUCACACUCACAUGCUCACACUUGACUGUGGUUUGUAGAGGAAGCUUCAUUUCUCACUUAGUUCUGCUCAGCACCUUGGGCCCAUGGGGUCUAGCACACCUUAUAUUAUAGGUGGGGACACCAAGGCACAGAAGCAGUGACUGGCUUGAUAAAGAUGUACCUAUAUGGUGUCAGAGCCCCCUUCCCAUCUCUCCUCUGCCCCCUCAUCUGACUUCAGCAGGCUCUUGUUAGCACAUUAACAGUAGCGAUGUGAUACGCGGCUGCUGACCUGCUUGGGGAAUGCAGGCAAGGUUGCAGCCCCAAGCACAGAGCUUGGGUCUCCCUGCUCCCAUUAAAAAAAAACCUCUAGGCCUUGGGGUCGAUCCAGCUGUUCUGGUUCUGAGGUCCCACCUGUGCCAUUCAGGCUGUGUGUCUUCAGGCAAGUCACUGAACCUUCCUUAAUAUUAAUCUUAGGUAUCGUGUCUGUAACACAUGGGUAAUAACAUCCACUGGAUGGCUGAGGAUAUCCAGUGAGGCCAUGGUCCAGUCUGAGGCCUGCCAGGGCACCGACUGGAGCUGGUAGAGUGGAGAGCGUGGAAAGGGGAGGAGGGAAUGGCUGCAGAACAAGUAGAUGUUGGGGAGCACCCUCUUUGGGAGUUAGGGCUGAAACUAACUUCUUCACAGCUGUGGUUUUAAGUUCUGACUUCAACACAUGCUAUAAGUUAAACACAAAUCAGAGACUCCUAACACAGGAAGGGUCUUGAGGAGUCCCUUGCCCAGCCACUGCCACACCCACUCGCUGCCCAGAGAGGGACUGGGUCACAAGGGCCAGAGUUCGCCUGGCCCAGCCACCAGCCUCCCUUCUCUUCUUCCCAACCAUGAACUGGGGCAUGGAGGGGGCUAUGGAGCCGAUUCCUGUGCGGCCAAUUCCCACCCUCGAUUAUCAAGGCAUUUCUCACACUAUUAUCUCACUUCACAAGGAAUAAGCUUAAAAGGAAUGAGACAGGGCCUUAAGAAGGACCAUUUGAGGACCAUGAAGGGAGACCUGAAUCUAUGGUCCUGAAGGGGGAGAUGAAAUACAGAAGGGUGUUAUUUCUCCUCAGAGUAAUUUCUAGACUUAAAUACAAUUCAGUAAAAACCCAGUGGUUUCCCUUUUUUGGAGGGAAUGUAACAAAAUUUUCCAAAGGUUCAGAUGGCAUUUUUUAAACAGAAGAGUAAUGAUGACAUGCCUUCUGGAGAGGAAAAGGAAACAGUCAGAGGGGGGUGACCCCUUAGACCCACCUGUGUCCCCUCAACCCGAUGGUGAGCAGAGCAGGAGCCAGAGCCCAAUCCAGCUGGAGGACUCCCCUGAGGCAGGUGGGGAACUGGAGGAGGAGCAGGAGCGAGAGGAGGAGCAGGCCUUCCUGGUCAGCCUCUACAAGUUCAUGAAGGAGCGACACACACCUAUUGAGAGGCUGCCUCAUCUCGGCUUCAAGCAGAUUAACCUGUGGAAGAUCUACAAGGCAGUGGAGAAGCUGGGGGCCUAUGAGAUGGUGACCGGCCGCCGUCUCUGGAAGAACGUGUAUGACGAGCUGGGGGGCAGCCCAGGCAGCACCAGUGCGGCCACGUGCACGCGCCGCCACUAUGAGAGGCUUGUCCUUCCAUACGUGCGGCACCUGAAGGGAGAGGAUGACAAGCCACUGCCUCCCUCCAAGCCCAGGAAGCAAUACAAAAUGGCCAAGGAGCCUCGGGGGGAUGAUGGGGCCACUGAGAGGCCGAAGAAGGCCAAGGAGGAGAAACCGGUGGGCCAGAUGAUGCCAGGAAAGAACAAGAUGGACGUGGUCGAUCUGGUGAGGCCCCCCAGCCAAGAGCACCCCCAGGAUGGCACUGAACAGCCAGGCCCAGCUCUUGGGUCCUCUCUACCCUUCGUGGGUGUCAGCGGCUGCCCUGAGGCCUACAAGCGGCUCCUGUCCAACUUUUACUGCAAAGGGACCCAUGGGAUCAUGUCGCCACUGGCCAAAAAGAAGCUCCUGGCUCAGGUGAGCCGGGCAGAAGCCUUGCGGUGCCAGGAGGAGAGCUGCUGCCACGGGGCAGGCAGCCCUGAUGGGGAGCCCCAGGUGUCCCCAGCUGCUCGCCCCCCAGAGAGUCCCCGGAGCCCAGGAGGGCCACCUGAGAACCACAGGCACCGGCUGGCCCCUCAGGAGGGACCACAGGCUUCUGGUGGCAGCCUCAGGGAGGAGGCUCAGGAGGGCCCCCACCCACCAGCCCCCAUCUUCACUGGCUGUUUCCAUGCCUAUCCCACCAAGGUUCUGAAGCCCAUCAGCCAGCACCCCCGGGACUUCUUUCCCCAUCUCAAAGAUGGGGUGCUCUUGGGGUCCCCUGGCAAAGAGGAGGGGCUGCCGGUGAGAGAGCCAUCGUUGGUAUGGGGUGGGGAUGUCAACCGUCCCUCUGCAUUCCACAAAGGUGACUCCAGAAAAGGCAGCCUCUAUCCCAAGCCCAAAGCCUGCUGGGUGUCCCCCAUGGCCAAGGUUCCUGCUGAGAGCCCCAUGCCCCUUCCCACCUUCCCCGGCAGCCCAGGCCUCAGCAAGCGCGGCCAGGAGGAAGAGGGCUUUGCUCCUGGUGGCAAAAAACUGCGGGCAGUGUCUCCCUUUCUCAAGGAGGUGGAUGCCAAGGAGUGUGGGGUCAAGCCCAUGGGGCCGGGCUUGGCUGUCUCCUGCCUGCUGAGUCCAGCCCUGGGGCCUGCCCUCCCAGAUGCCUACAGGGGCACCAUGCUGCGCUGCCCACUGAACUUCACCAGCACCCCGGACCCCUUAAAAGGCCAGGCUACGCUCCCCUUCAGCCCCCUGGUCAUCCCAGCCUUCCCAGCUCACUUCCUGGCCACUACAGCACCCCCACCUAUGGCCACUGGCCUUAUGCACUUUCCUCCAGCAUCCUUCGACAGUGCCCUCCGCCACAGACUUUGCCCAGCUUCGUCUGCAUGGCACAUGCCACCUGCCACAACCUAUGCAGCACCCCACUUCUCUUUCCACCUUAACACCAAGCUAUAGGUCGGAGUUUGCCAUUCUGCAGAGGAUCUGACACAGCCCGAGAUGGGGCAUACUGCCAGGGGACUCUGGGCUGGAAGCCCAUUCUGCAAGAGAGCUUGGCUGUGCCCAAUACAGGAAUGGGCCCUUGGCAGGGCAGCCUGACACAGGGAGGCAGUGGGAAAACUGGGUUUGUCUCACAGUCACAGCCUGAGUCUGGGGGCUGGGAUCCAGUUGUAGGAAGGCCUUGGGAGGAGACAGUGCAGGGUUGGCAGCUCCCAGUUGGGGCCCCCAGAGUGGAGGCCAGUAAUGGGGUGAGGGGCUAAGAAGCCAGAUAGCAGCUUGGGGCAUCCAGGUGCCCACAGAAAAUCCAAUAAAAUGCCAGUGUGAAUCUACUUUC